ACUUCUACUUUGAGGUCCUCGAUUCCAUUGGGUUCUCACUAAUUCCAAUUUGGAAAAAAGAUUAUCUCGAUGUUUGCAACAGAAAUUGAUUGAUCUCCAAAAGGUAAUCCUUCGUCAAUCGCCGGUCUCUUUCGGAUCGUUUCCGUUCAAUCAAAGCAACGAGAAGAGAAUUUUCACAGAAACCCUGCGCCGACGACAAAUUUCCCGAUGCGGCGCCGGGUUUUGUCGUCGACAGCCAUUUCGGACACAGAGAAUGAGUCCGAUCAAGAAAUGAUGAAGUGCUUAUCGUGUCAGGACGAAUACCCGUCACGCCACGCCGGAACCUGCAAGGAGUGCUACGAUGAAGCUAAUGAGACUGAGGAAGAGCUCAAGCGUGAGAUCGAAGACUUGAAAUCAAAGGUCGCUUUCCUCAGGUUUUGGUCCCCUCUCGAUCAUCUUCAUAAUCGGUCGAAUGCUCCUUGCUUUACGGAUGUCGUUUUGAUCGCCUCCAGCGAUGGGCCUGAGGGAUACGCCGUGCCUCUUCCCGCUCAUAAAGCUGUCUUGGUGAGUCGCUCCCCAGUUUUCAAAGCUAUGCUUGAGAAUGAAAUGGAAGAAAGUCGUAGCGGUACCAUAAAAAUCAGCGAUGUUUCAUUUGAUGCCCUCCGUGCCUUUGUUAAUUAUUUGUACACAGCAGACGCCUGUCUUGAUGAGCAAAUGGCUUAUGACCUUUUAGUUUUGGCUGAGAAGUACGAAGUGAAGCAUCUGAAGGCACAUUGCGAGAAGUUCCUAAUAUCAAAACUGAACUGGGACAACUCGAUCAUGAACUAUGUCUUUGCACACCAGCACAAUGGCAAGCAUAUGAUCGAUGCAGCUUUGUCGGUGAUUAUCGACAACAUGGACAAGCUUACCAAAAGGGAGGAGUAUAUGGAACUUGUCGAGAAGGAUCCACGGCUUGUCGUGGAAGUCUAUGAAGCUUACAUGUCUAAACAGGUAAAUACUGCUGCUUGUAGAGAUUGUUCUGUGAAAUAAAACUGAAGAUCUUAUACCCAUUGUGAUUUGUUUUGUGUGCUUGCAAGGACUGUUCUUUAAGAUGAGCAUGCACUCCAAUAACAUUCAGAAUGUAUCUUGUUAAAAGAAAACCAGAACGUAAACGGAAUUUGAUCUAAUCGAUAUGAAAUUUGCUCGUUUGGCUGUAAA